UAACUGGUGCAGAGUGUAUACAGAGGCUGACACUGCAACCUACAAAAAAGCAUGUCAACUCCAAGGAAUAUUCGGAGGCAGGCUGCUCUGGCUUGAGAGCUCUUCAAGAGAGCUAGUGCAGGAGAGAGAAAGAGAGAGGGAAAGACCUCUCUUCUUGAGAAGACGAGGUUUUUUAGCACAGACUAGUGCAGGAGGAGGAGAGAAGGAAGAGGAAGGAGGGUGCAGCAUGGCUGCCUUCUGGCACAUCUCUAUCAUUGUCCUUGUACUGCUUUCUCGAGAAUCCAAUGCCAAUCCAGCUGCCCCUCAGCACAGCCAGCUGGAUGUAAACCACAGGAAGCCACUUCAGACAUUCAGGCCUUACAACAUUGCCCACAGGGGUUCCAAUGGUGAAAUACCUGAAGAGACGACAGCGGCCUACCUGAGAGCUAUAGAAGAAGGUGCAGACUUCAUAGAAUCUGACAUACUUGCAACGAAGGACGGCCAUCUGAUAUGUUUCCAUGAUGUUACAUUGGACGCAACAACUGAUAUCGCCAAUCAUACAGAGUUUGCCGACAGGAAGAGAACCUAUGAAGUUGAGAGACAAAAUGUGACCGGCUGGUUUGUUGUGGAUUUUACUCUUGGAGAACUGAAGUCACUUAGGGUGAAACAACGCUACAGUUUCAGGGACCAACAGUACAAUGGGAAGUACCAGAUUAUUACAUUUGAUGAGUAUAUCUUGAUUGCGCUUUAUGCGGACAGGGUUGUUGGAAUAUACCCAGAGCUCAAGAAUCCCAUAUUCAUCAACGAGCACGUCAAAUGGUCAGAUGGCAAGAAGUUUGAGGACAGGUUUGUCGAGACGCUGCUGAAGUAUGGUUACAGAGGCGAAUACAUGUCCCAAGAUUGGCUCAAGCAGCCACUGUUCAUCCAAUCCUUCGCACCAUCUUCACUCGUUUACAUGUCAAAGAUGACAAACUCCCCAAAAAUAUUCCUAAUCGACGAUACCACGGUCAGAACUCAAGACACCAAUCAGUCAUACGACGAUAUAACUUCGAACGGCUACCUCGCAUUCAUAAGGAAGUAUGUGGUUGGGAUUGGGCCAUGGAAAGACACAAUUGUUCCUCCUCUGGACAAUUACUUGGGUCCCCCAACCGAUCUUGUCGCGCGAGCGCACGCUCUGAAUCUUCAGGUGCAUCCAUACACUUUCAGAAACGAGAAUGUGUACUUACACUUGGACUUCCACCAAGACCCUUACCUUGAAUAUGAGUACUGGCUCGGUGAGAUUGGAGUCGAUGGGCUGUUCACUGAUUUCACCGGUACUUUGCACAGGUUCCAGGAGUGCACAGCUCCAUAUCCAAAGAAUCAAAAGACUGCAGAGGCACUGCUGCAGAAGAUUACCUACAUGAUAAAGGAUAGUGGAUACUAAGCUUAUGAUACCAACUCACUGUACUGUCACUUUUUCAGAUUUGUUUCAUUGUUGUCACUACUAGAAAAGCACCAUCUUUUGCAGUUUGUACAAUUCUUACAAAUAAAGAAGCUUGUAGAACCAAAAAAAUAAAUGAAAUGUGUUUUCACAUAUCAUGCUUGUGCCACUUGUUCCCAACUCUAGCAGGGCUGAAAGAU